CUACAGACAUCCCGAAGUAACGUACACGUUUCUAUAAAACAUCAAACUGACAUUAAUGGUGUGAAGGUAUGUGUAGCUCCCUCUGGUACAGUUUUCUGUCAUUUUAAACUCAGUGACAAUUUUUAGCAAGUUUGUUCUUGCUAUCUGUUACCAUUAGGGGAUUAUUGGGGACUCCCCUUUGAGGAGUGCUGCCUUUCUAAUAAUUUUAUUGUGGCAAUUUAGCGCUGUUUUUUUCUUUUUCCAGUGACAAUUUUUGUUCAAUGUGCCAGGUGAGAAAGAUCUACUCUACAAUGAGUUGGGUUUUUGGAGACUUCAGAAGGAAAUUGCACAUUUUGACCAUGAAGGCAUGUAAUGAAUACCUUUUGUGGCUUCCGGUCAAAUUUUGUGAUUUUCUCUGAAUUUAAUAAUUUACCAUCAAUUUCAGAGAGAUUUGGUGAUUGAAUUGCUAUUUUAACAGAUUCCAACCAUAAUAUUUUUAAAACAAUUUUAGUCUAAAUUUAAUCUGCUAUCAAAGCAAUGUAAGUGACUGUUUAUUGAGUGUUCAGUAAAAAUAGUCAUCGUUUUGGCUGUUUCCCUUUGUACACCUUUAAGGUAUGUAUGGUAUUUGUUGUUACUUUAACAUAUUGUUUGUAAACUCCACCCUGGAACAAAAUAUUCUAUAAACCUGUUCUGUUUCUUCCUUUCCCAAUAGCGACGUUGGUCAAGCUACGUACUCUUUGUCUGAAAGCUUCAGUGGUAAAAGGUAACAAGUCAACGUUCAGAGAGAGAGAUUGUAUUGGAAGAAUGGAUUCCGAAAAGAAAUCUUUAAACCCAGAUGAUCACGAUCUAUAUUCUAAUCACACAAUGACUCCAAGCAUUCCUCAGGAAGCCCCUCCAUAUACUCCCCCAAUGAUAAAUACAGAGCCGAAGGUGAUCACAAUGCCUCCUCCUUACUCGCCAAAUGACAUCAACAUCGUGAAUACGGUGGUUGUGAAAAAGGCCGGUGGGGCUGGUCUGGCUAAACACUACAAUGAUUAUAUGGCGCUGUCCAUCAUCAUGCUCCUCUUUUUCUGUCUGCCCUUCGGAAUCGCUGCCCUUGUGUUUUCCUGCAAGGUAAUGUGGGUCUGUUGGGGUCAGAUUCAGUAUUAUAUUGUUUGUCAAGUGGGAAUAAUAACGUAAAUGUCAGUUAAAACAAGGUGGGAUUUUACUUAUAGAAAUCAUGUAAUAGAUAUGUAAGAAAAAUGUUUUAUAUAGAAAUUGUGUACGCAUUGAGUGUGGGAGAAAUAACGUUACUAUUAUUCACCAAUUCAAAUGCAAAAAAAAGUAAAGUAAAAGUAAAUGAAGCAUCAAAGAUCACACGUUUCUUUCUGGGUGGAGGGUGGAGUGACUGACAGCCUUCGCAGCACCCGAAUGUUGCACUAUAAAGGCCAUGGUAUACCAGGAACAUUGCCAGGGUAAAAAAUGUAAAACAGACUUCAGCUCAAAAAUCAUUUGGUGACUUUUUCCAAAAGCCUCGACCUGCCCCCUCCUCAAACACCACCCUUUAACAUACAUCUUGACACACACACAGUUACUUACAUAUAUACAAAUACACACAGAAAUGUAUAAACACACACAGGCAAAAAUAAAGACACACACACGAAUAGACACACAGGCACAGACUCAAACACACUGGCACACACAAACAGGUACAACGGACACAGACAAGCAUAGAAAGGCAUACAUGCAUACUCACAGGCACAGACAGCCAGGUGCAUACAGACACAAACAGACACAGUAAUUUAUAAAUAAUCAGACAAAAUACAGGCACAUGCAGACACAGAUAUACAGGCGUACACAGAAAAACACAAACAGGCACAUUUAGAUACAGGCAGAUACAACAAAAGCACAAACAGGUACAUAUAGACAAAUACAGGUACACUCAGGCAUAGAGAGACAGAAGCAGAAAGACAGAGACAGUUACACUUAGGAAGAAAGACAGGCACAUACAGACACACACAGACACAAAGAAGCACAAACAGAUACAAACACACACAGGCAGAUACAAAAGGUCACAGACAGUUACACACAGACAAAAACACAAACAUACUGCUACAGACAGACAGAAAAAGGACCAAGCAGAAAGAGACAGGUACACUCAGGUACAAAAAGACACAAAUGGAUAUAAUCUGACACACACAGAGAAAACACACAGGCACAGACUGAGACAAGCACAAACAGACACAGAAAGGUACACCCAGACUCACACAUGAAUAGAGAAAUGACGACAGACACACAGAUAAGGUAGUAAUGAAUGAUGAGCACAACCAACUAAGAUAAAAAGCACUUUAUUAUACUGGUACAAAAACUGGUACACAGGUAUCACCAAAUAUCGAACUGCAAAUCUCGGUAUAAAUAUAAUCACAUAUAGACAAUCAAUAUGAGGACUAUAACCAAAUCAGAAGAUAAAACUAACCACUCCUGGAGAUGCCGACUAAAUAGUACCAAUCCAGAUACAAAAGAGAAUGGAUACCUGUAUACAAAUGUUCACCAAAUAAUACAUACCAGAAACAACUGAACCUAUCAAAGUGAAUGAGAGGAGGGUGAAAAAGUCACAGAAUAGCCCCCAACAUUUUGGCGUGUAUGCUUGUAUGCUCCCUUGAAAAGGCAUACACCCCGAAACAUUGGGGGCUAUGCAGGUCUGCCCCUUUGCGAGGAUCCAGUGACGCAGUUUGCAACCCUGGACUGCCCCUUUUUACCUCACUUAGUGGUGUCCCGAUUCACAGGAUCCCAAUGGUGGGGGCUAGGAAUUCGCUCUUAAGUAAUUAACCUUGUAAUAUAAAUUUUAAAAAAAAUUAUUUUUUUACUGUUACAGAUGCGAAAAUCUAUGCAGCGUGCGGACAUGAUUUCAGCAGAGAAGGAAUCGCGCAUUGCGUUCAUACUGAACAUGGUGGCCCUCACCCUGGGACUCCUGGCACACGCAACCUGGAUUGGCCUUCUCAUACAUGCAGUGAUAGCCGCCAAGUGCUCACCGCAAGGGGCCAGUUAUGAGUCAUUCCAAAAUGGAAUGAAUCAUGAAUUCAACCAUGAGCAUCAUGAAGGCUGAUUGGUUUAUUAAAUAUUCAUUAAUAAUUGUAAAACCACGCAUAUUGAUUAAUCCGUCACUUAUAAUUGACCUGUAUUCUUACAAACUAUGUCUCUGACUGUUCUGACAGUUUCUGAAACCAUUCUUUGCCUUCCAAAUGAAGGCUGGGCGACUGUCUCGUUAUCUGUAUCAACGAGCACCUACUUACAAAUACACGUCUGUGCAUUAAUCUAAUCCCACUUUCUGAAUAAAGAUUUGACAUAUUUGCAACAGCAUACAAACAA